AUGGACACAACAUCGGAUGCUGAUGCGGUAAAUACAAUAAAUAUGGGCAGUAUUGAGCUACAGCUAAACAGCUCCUAUAUCCUCCAGUGCUCGAUGUCCUCGCUAGAGAGCGAAAGUGACUUGUCGCUGGCCUUUGAACCGGGCGAACCGGCGGACUGUGAUGAGCUACCCGCCUUCGAGAUACGUGCCUUCUCGCCACAUGGUCGUACGCCAUCUCCCAUUGAUGACCUAAAUAUGUCAGAUAUUGAAACGCCAAAACAGGAGUCGGCACAGCAGCGCAGCCCUGGCCGCCAGAACAACCCAGAGUUUGUGGCCUUGCAUGAGAUCAAUGCACAGAUCAGCGCGCCAAGCGACAAUGCAAAUGAUUCAACAAGUGCCAUCAGUCCUUAA